GAUUCAUAGUUAGAAGAUAAAGGAGAGCAGCAGAGGGCAAACUCGCUCAACCUCAGCUCCCGCAAUCAUGGAAGACCCGUCCAGCAACGGUAUCAGCACCGCCCCGCUCCUCCCCCAGCAUCGCGGGCCGUGGUGGCGCCGCAACCUACGCCUCAGAAACCCCCUCUCCUCGGAGAUGUCUGGCGCCGUCGGGGACCUCGGGACCUACAUACCCAUAGUCCUGACCCUGACUCUAGUGUCCCACCUUGACCUCAGCACCACCCUCAUAUUCACCGCCCUCUACAACAUCGCCACCGGCCUCCUCUUCGGCGUCCCCAUGCCCGUCCAGCCUAUGAAGUCCAUUGCCGCCGUCGCCGUCUCCGAAUCCCCCCACCUCUCCGUCUCCCAGAUCGCCGCCGCGGGCCUUUCCACAGCCGCCGUCCUCCUCGUCCUCGGUGCCACCGGCCUUAUGUCCUUCUUCUACAGGUACAUCCCCCAGCCCGUCGUCCGUGGAGUUCAGCUCUCUCAGGGCCUUUCCUUUGCCUUCUCCGCGAUCAAAUACAUUCGGUACGAACAAGAUUUCGCGGCAUCAAAGUCUGGCUCUCCCCGGUCGUGGCUCGGGCUAGACGGUCUGAUCCUCGCCCUGGCCUCCAUACUCUUUCUACUCCUGUCCACUGGAGCUGGCGAUACUGAUUCGAGCUCGAGCUCGAGCUCGAUCGAAGAUACUGACGGUAGUCUUGAGCUAAGCCAGUCGAAGCAUCGCAUCAAGCAGAGACUGAGGAUCCUCUCAUCGAUACCGUCGGCCCUCUUGGUUUUCCUAUUCGGGCUAGUGAUCUGUUUCGUCCGCGACCCUUCGAUCUUCAAGGACAUCAGAUUUGGGCCAUCGAAGCUCCAUGUGCUGAAGAUCACCUGGGAUGAUUGGAAGACUGGAUUUUUCAGGGCUGCUGUCCCCCAGAUCCCGCUGUCAGUGCUAAACUCGGUCAUCGCAGUCUGCAAACUGUCGGGUGACCUGUUCCCCGACAGGGAACUAUCUGCAACCUCGGUCUCUGUCAGUGUUGGGUUAAUGAACUUUGUUGGGUGCUGGUUUGGGGCGAUGCCGGUGUGUCACGGGGCUGGCGGCCUUGCGGGCCAGUACCGGUUCGGGGCACGAACCGGUCUAUCUGUUGUGUUCCUCGGGCUUGGGAAGCUGUUUCUGGGGCUGGUUUUUGGUAACUCCUUUGUCCGGGUUCUGAGCCAGUUCCCUAUUGGGAUUCUGGGGGUGUUGCUGCUGUUUGCUGGGGUAGAGCUCGCAAUGGCUUCCAGGGACAUGAACUCGAAGGAGGAGUCCUUUGUGAUGUUGGUCUGUGCUGCUGUAUCUUUGACCGGGUCCAGUGCCGCUCUCGGGUUCGGAUGUGGGAUCUUGCUGUUCUUGCUGGUCAAGUUGAGGUCCAUGGAUUGCUCUUCUGGGUUCUUCUCGUUCAAGAAAUCGAAAAAUCCUGUCAAUGAGGCUAAUAUAAUCCCUUGAGCCAACGAUCUUCCUGAUGAGUUUAUCUGAGCAAAAAUAAUGGCCGUUCGCAGAGCAUGUACAGAUUUGGCCUCUGUAAGAUAUAUUAUGCUCAGCCAGACUGAUAAGUUACUACAAUUCAAGGCUUGCAGAGUGGUGGAAGCAUUCGGCAAGGUAUAAUCAUUGUAGAAAUCGUCUUCAACUUUGUCCUGUUUCUGUAACUGAUGACUUUUAUUGGUUAUAAGUAGCAUACACGCUGCUAAAAGUUCCUGCGAUGCUACGGUUCUGUUAUUGCUGAUGCCAUCAUCACAAAGUUAUCGGAUAUAGCAUGCCAUAUGAGGUUAAA